ACUUUGCCAUCGAUGUCAGUGCUGAACUCUGGCUGGCCCCACCGAGGGGAGAGCCUCACUGCUCAGGAUCCAGGUCCACCAGCGAACUUAGACAGUGACCCAGGCCACCUGCCAGAGGAGGACCCUGAGGAGAUCUCUGCUCAGGAUUCUGAAGUUCCGAGCCUGGAGUUUCCUGCUCUGGACACCAACCAAGCUCCCAACUGGCCUGGGCUCCUGCAGCAGCUCCCUCCACAGGACAGUGAUGAGCGAUACUGCCUAGCCCUUGAGGAGGAGGAGCUGGCUGAGCUGCGACUCUUUUGUGCCCAGCGGAGGCGGGAGGCCCUGGGACAGGGGGUGGCACGCCUGAUACCUCCCAAGCUCAAAGAAUGCAUCUGUGCGAAGUGCAGAGAGCUGCUGAGGCCAGGGGAAUACGGAGUGUUUGCAGCCAGGGCAGGAGAGCAGUGCUGCUGGCACCGGGCUUGCUUUGCCUGCCAGGUCUGUGGCCAGGCCCUGAUAAACCUCAUCUACUUCUACCACGAUGGGCAUCUCUACUGCGGCCGUCAUCAUGCUGAGCUGCUGAGGCCACGCUGCCCUGCCUGUGACCAGCUGAUCUUCUCCCGGCGCUGCACCGAGGCGGAGGGAUGGCGCUGGCACGAGAACCACUUCUGCUGCCAGGACUGCGCCGGGCCCUUGGGCGGAGGACGUUAUGCCCUGCCGGGGGGCGGCCCUUGCUGCCCCAGCUGUUUUGAGAGUCGCUAUUCGGCUGCCGGCUCGAGCCCGGCCGCGACACUGGAAGGAAGGCUGUCCCUUGGGGAGGCGGGGCUCGACAGAGUUGAAGGCGGGGACCGCGCACCACUACAUUCUGCAACCAUCACCGGAGCAGCCUUCGCCGCCAGCUCCAGUCCAGAAACCCAGAGAGACCUGCUUGCAUCCAACCCGGAGCAGGACUGUCGAGCCGGGGAUAAGGCUGAGGCACCCAACGGACAAGAGCAGGGCCCUCUGGAGACGCCCAUUGACCCCAAGGAGGACGCCCCCUGCCCCACCUGCUCCUCUUCCUCUGACUCCGAACCCGAAGGCUUUUUCUUAGGCCAGCGCCUUCCCCAGCCCUGCAAGACCCCCGGAAGCCUCCAAGCUGGGGACAGCGACACCUCUAGGAAGCGUUGCACCAUUUGCUAGUGGCGCGGCCCGGAGAAGGGGGAGUCGUGGAGGGGUGAUCUAUAUGGCAGUAGACCGAGACUCUUCUCCCCUUAUAAAAAUCCUAGACUGAACGUAAUCAGGGACACCCCUGGGAGAGGCGGCGAGAUGACAGACUUGAGUACGUCCUCUUCAGCACAAGCAUUCUGUGACUUUUGGUGGAGACUUUCUUGGGGAGCCCCAUUCCCCAAAGCUACGCAGCCCCUGCUGAGCUAGACCCUACUCCGACCCCACAGGCUGGGACAGCCCAACAAUCUCCAGCAUCCUCCUCCUGGGCCAAUGAUCACUCGGGCCACGUGUGGCGUGAGCCGCUGGACGAGGCGAAGGCCUAGAGGGAGCCGGAGGUGGAACCGGACCAGGAGGACGGCAGAGCCUCGCCUCGCUCCUCCCUCGCAGG